AUGAUUGCCUUCUCCACCGUGGCAGAUGGAAUAUCGCACUCUGGCAAGACCAUUCUGACAUCAGGUGGCGCCGCCGCCAGUGCAGCAGUCGGACACAAGUACGGUCAGGAAGCUGGUAGUAUCACUAGUAAUCUUGCUGGUGGCGUCAAGAAUGUUGGGCUCGUCUACAUAGAUGUUACAGGCGUGAGCAGACGGGCUAUCAUCAAGUCUGUAGCCAAGGGCAUGGUUGUCGGCAAGGUCAGAGAUAAGAAUGGCAAGGAGCAGACCGUCAUGGUCGGAGGGGGUGAUGGUGGCACAGUCCAGCCUAGCGAUCUGAAUCCUCAGUAUGGCACCAGCAACACUGGUGUUGGCCCUAGUAUUUCGAAUGCCGGGCCAGCGGGUCAAAUCUCGUUUGGUGGUCCGCCUCCCACGUAUCGCACUGGCGUUGGUGAGUCGAUUGAGGGUCAGCCCGCGUACUACCCGCAGGAAAAGAGGUGA